AUGACGGACAAAGGUGCCACGGAAGCCUUGGACACUCCCGAUGCCCUUUCGCAGCUGAGACAUUUGGAGGUCGAGAUGACGGGUGUGGUGGAGAAGUGGUCCAGGACACUGGCGGCGACAGAGGCAGACUGCCGUGGGCUUCUUCGCUUCUUUGGUCUCGGCACCCAGGAGGAGAGCCAGCUUCCGGAUGCAACGUCGCAGCUUCUCCGAGCCUUAAGCACCUUCCGCGGCCAGGUUAGCGAGGCAUGGGCUGAGCUCGAACACCACGCCGAAGAG